AGCUAGGCCUCCUCCCGGCCGAAGUCAGGGCCCGGGGUGCAAGCGCAUCCGCAGUCGCGAGUCGGACGCGACGCGCCGCGCACGUUGUCAUGCCCCGCGGGCCGUGUGUGAGUGCCACAGUGUAGUGGGGCAGAGGCCCAUACGUUCGAAAAUAGAAAACGGAAAAAUUGACCCCCAGAUGGGAGUGUACGAAGAGAGGGGGGCGAUGCACUGGCAACAGAGUGAGCGGUACUUAUCAUCGGCAUACGAAACUGGGGCCGAGUUGUCACCAGUGGCGCCUGUAGCUUCACCAGGGUCCCCCCGUGAUUGCACGUCGUGUCGGAAGAGGGAGCCCCCAGACGAGCCCCCACCGCCGCCCACCGAAGACGCUUGCGCUGGUUGCGGGGCGCGGAUCACGGACAGAUACUACCUACUCGCCUUAGAACGACGCUGGCACACACCCUGCUUGAGGUGCUGCGAAUGCAAAAUGCCCCUAGACUCCGAACAGAGGUGUUACGCUCGGAACAGUAACAUAUUCUGCAAGAACGACUACUUCAGGUUGUAUGGAUCAAAGCGAUGCGCGAGAUGUAACACCCCUAUAUCAUCGUCGGAGCUGGUGAUGAGGGCGCGUGACCUAGUGUUUCAUGUGCACUGUUUCUCCUGUGCCCUGUGUAGUACGCGACUCACGAAGGGUGACGAGUACGGUAUUAGAAACUCAGCUGUGUAUUGCAGGCUACAUUUCGAAACAAUGCCGGAUUAUGGUCCUCAUAUGGCGGUACCAGGUCCUCCGCAAAUGUGCCCGGGGCCUUACGUAGGACCACCACCGGGGCCGCACUACCCCGCCUACCCUUCGCCGGAGUUCGGUCGAGUAGAACCUGAUGUUCCUAAAGGCCCUUUUUUCAACGGGACUUCAGCGCCACCACCCCGACAAAAAGGUCGUCCGAGAAAAAAGAAACCGAAGGACCAAGAUAUCAUGUCGGCCAACCUUGAUCUAAAUGCUGAAUACUUGGAGAUGGGAUUCCGCGGCGGUGGCGGCUUGGGCAGCUCGUCGCGCACAAAGCGCAUGCGAACCAGCUUCAAGCAUCACCAGCUCCGCACCAUGAAGUCGUAUUUCGCGAUCAACCACAAUCCUGACGCGAAGGACCUGAAACAGUUGAGCCAGAAGACAGGCCUCCCGAAAAGAGUGUUACAGGUAUGGUUCCAGAACGCGCGAGCGAAAUGGCGGCGCAUGGUGACGAAGCAGGAAAACAAAAUGGCGGACAAGUUGUCACCAGACGGCUCGCUGGAGAUGGACAUGUACCAUGGACCGCUUGGGUCCAUUCAGUCGCUUCCUCCGCACAGUCCGCCUUACAGCGUAAUGGGGGGUCCACCGAGUCCAAGUUCGAUGGAUUGCCCCUAGCCCCAGUUUUGCGCCUUAUGAGCGCCCUGCAAUUUCCUUUGAACAUUCGCAGUGUUUUCGUUUCAAUGCUCUAAUCGAACGGUACACAUAUAGAGCAGAAUAUAUCGUUAGUGAUUUCAAAAGUCACAAAGUACAAUGUGUUGUGAAAUAUUUGUAAAAUACUACGGACUGUUAAAACGAACAACUCGUGAAUCGCAGUGAAACUGAUUUGGUGUAAGUACGUGUUAUAUGUAAUUACCGAAAUUUAUAGAUUUAAACAUAUCUUUUCGAUUCUUAACAAAGACAAACUUGCGUAGAAACUGAGCAUAAUUAGGUUUGACAAUAUUUUAAUGAAACAUACUUAGAAUCAGAAUCAAAAAGAGCAUUCCAUAUAUAACGGUAAUAAUUUUGUAUUUAACACCUUUCAUAAAUAAAAGUAUGAACUGUAAUUUCCAAAUGCCUAUUAGAAGCAUAUUAAUUUUGAUACAAGUAGUAUUUUUUUUUUUUCAUAAAGUAAGCUGAAGAUUUAAAUGUCGAGAUAGUUUAGUUUGUGGAAUUAAAUUGUUGUUAUCUUAUACAGACUUGUGAAAUUAUAAUUAAGACUUGAUGUUGAAUGUCUAGGUAUUUUAAAUAAGUAAAACUUAUGGAAAUUAAGUCACCCUGUAAUUGUAUGUUUUACAAAAUAGACAUGAUAAGAUUCAUAAACAUCAAUUGAUAAGAAAUAUAUAAAUGAAUUGCGACGUGCAUCCGUCCAAGUUAGGAAAUCAUUUCAAAUGGGCCUGAAAAAAAAUCAACUGGCCUUAUUCACUAUUUUGGUCUAUAAUAUCAACCUAUUAAAAUAAACAUCAAAUCAAUUGACAAAAUGACAUUUACCUAUUGUGUGCUAUCCACCAGUAAGCACCGGAUGACAUUUUUACAUUAAUCUCAAUAUCGUAUGUGUCAACUAAGAGUACGAGCGUACGUCAAAGAUAGAUAAUUAGGAUUUAAUAAUAACAUUUAAUUUUAUUAAGUGUAGGAUAUUGGCAUAGUUAAUAAUAAAUGUUAUUAAAAAUCUUAAAUAUAAUCUAUAUAUGAAGUCUAUAAAUAAAGGUAUUUCCUUUUGUCUAUAAUUAAAGAUAUUUGUUUUUGAAGUCGUAACUUUGUGGAAUUUGUCUACCACUCUAUUAAAGUAAAGUCCUGACACAUAUUAGCCAGAGGAUCAGGCUGUAACGUGUCAGUGGAUCACAUUCUACGAUUUAACCUUAUAAAGAAGGUAAAUGUAGAUAGAAUAAGUUUCUAGGAAUGACUAAGAGCGGGGGCACACAGCGUCGCACCGGAUUUGCAACCACCGAUACGAGGUCGGGAGGGUGAAUGCGUUGCGACAUUAGAGCGGCACCGCUCAGUUGUUUAUGCUUCACAAUAUUACUUUAAUAACAGACUGUCCAAUGCUGCUACGACGCUGCUGCCGCAUCAAUGAAACUUGGCCCUGGACUACCCUUACGUGUAAAAGCAUAAAAAUUAGUAAUAUAAAGUCACAAUCUCUUUGAAUCUCGUGCUUUACUUCACUAACAAAAGUAAAAAAAAGCAAUUUCUUUUUUUCCGGGUUUGAAGUUGGAAACAUACUACUUAUGUUAAGAUACUGUCAUAUAUAUUUUAGGCAAGCGUUUUUGUUUCUUUUGUGAGAAAAUUUUACCCUUUAUUGGGGCCCUAACUAAUUUUGGUACAGGGCCCCUCCAAGGCACGCUACGCCACUGGUUAUAUUACGCCAUUGCAAAUAAAGUACUUAAAUAUGAUCAUUAUUUCUAAGCUUACUAAUGCAGUCGGAUGUUCUCGUAACAAAGUCCAUCGUAGUUUGUAAAUAGCAUGUUUUUAUUAAUAGUUCAACAAUGCAAUUGCCAGAUUACUUUAACUUUAUUUUUGUGUGAAAUAUGCAACGUAAAACAGGACGGGCAGGCGGAUUAUGGAUUUGGAUAUGAUGGAAGAUUUUUAAUAAUUAAUAUAUACUAUUUAUUUAUUGAAUCCUAUAUUUAAUUUAGUAUUUAAGAUAAUUUUAAGGUUUAAUAGGUUAUAACGAAAAAAUUUCCAUAGUAAGAUAGACUAGUGUUAUAACUUAUAAAUAUAGAUUUAUAAGAUAUUAGAGUACAUGUUUAGAUUCAGACUUACGUUGCAGCAAAUGUGUAGAAAUAUUAUUGUCUCUUGCCACAUUCAGCAUAAUUUAAAAGUUAAUUAACAUAAAGUUUUGCUAUAAAUAAAACAGAACUAAAAAAAAUCUUCUACAGUGCUACAUGCUCUGAGAAGACAGAUUGGCUUUGUAUAAGGUAGUAGGGUAUAAAUAUAUGACGUGUUGGUGAGUCAAACUACAGAGGUCUUGUAUUGGUUUGAUAUAAAAACAAUCUGGAUCCGCUACUGUCUCCCUACUAUCUGAUAAAACGUAUCUAUAUACCAAUAUAAAUUAACUUUUAAUUAUUUUGAAUUUUGGCAAAUCUAUUGAAAUUUCCUUAUCUUAAACAUCCCCUAUCUUACGACUCUUUUUUUACGGUUUCUUAAUUUAAAUUUAGCAAAACUAAAGAACCGCUGAAAUAAUUGUAAAAUAAAUGAUUCUCAUAAUAAUAAUUAUUAUACACUAUAUCAAUUGUACUUAUAAAUGUGGUACUAUGUACAAAUUAAUAUGUUGUUAAAAUUGUAAAUAUACCUAUCAUACGAAUCUCAUAAUUUCAGUAAUAGGGAUACCUAUUCUAACAAAAAAAAAAACGACAAGUAGACAAACGACUAGUCGGCUAUUUACUAUAGAAUUAUUUUAUAACAAUCUCUUUUAGUCUUAGGCAUAACCUAAGUUUAAUAUUUACUAAGUACAUGCACUGGUAGUUCCUUUUUUGUAUAAAUACGAGUAUAAUAUAUCUACUUUUCAUUAUUUAAAUGAUAUCAAUAUGAUAUUGUACUGUAAUAGAUAUUUGUUAUAAUACACGGAGGAGAAUAAAUAUCACAACAUUGUAAAAAAACUCGCAUAGUUCAAAGCUUUUCUAUUUAUAAUAAAAUGUUCGAUAUUACCUGUUUCUUGAGGUUAUUCCGUUAAUUAUUCACCCUAAUAAUAACGUCAGCCUACGAUAUCCAAACAUUUAUAUUUUCUACGAGAUAUUAUGAGGAAUCAUUGAGUCCAAUACCAGACUCUUAGCAACCCUUAAAGGUCAUCAACCUUAUGUAGAAGUUUAAUAAGUCAUAUAACAUUUUUAAUAUUGAUGGAUAACUAUAUUGUAAUGAGUUUGAUUUAUGUCAUAAGUUUUUCUCCGUAUAUUUAACAAGUAGGUAUUUAGUAAUAAACGAAUUGUGAAAAUAAAAACAGGGGCUCUAAGACAGAUACGCAACAGCCAUUAAACUGGAUAAUUUAUUCAUGUGACUAAAAUUAUUAUGAUCUGUUAAUAAAAUGUUUCCAAGCUA